AUGUGGUUAAAGGACGGAGAUCUAAAUACGAAAUUUUUCCACGCCUCCACCAAACAACGGCGAGCGAUAAAUCGAAUUGUGGGACUUCAUAACGAGGCUAAUGUCUGGGUGGCUGGAAGAAAAGAGAUAAAGACAGUAGCGGUAAACUACUUUGAUAGUCUGUUCACGUCCACUUUACCGGUGGACUUUACGGGAGUCCUAGAAAAUGUAUCGGAGCGGAUUACUAUUCCGGAGAAUGAGGUUUUAAGGCGUCGCGCGACAGAAGCAGAAGUGCGGGAGGCCUUAUUCAUGAUGCAUCCAGAGAAAGCGCCAGAACCGGACGGAAUGAUGGCUUUGUUUUUUCAACGUUCUUGGCAUAUAGUUAAGGAGGAUGUCCUCACCAUGGUUAACGAUUUUCUUACAUCCGGCAAUUUCGAUGAAAGAUUGAACAUGACCAACAUUUGCCUAAUACCAAAGACAUCACGGCCCACUAGGAUGACAGAAUUGAGACCCAUCAGUCUGUGUAAUGUGGGUUACAAGAUUAUCUCAAAAGUCCUCUGCCAGAGACUUAAAGUGCUACUACCAAGAUUGAUAUCAGAGACUCAGUCUGCUUUUGUUCCCGGUCGACUGAUUUCGGAUAACAUUUUGAUAGCCCAGGAGAUGUUCCAUGGAUUGCGGACAAACAAGUUUUGCAAAGGAAAGUUCAUGGCGGUAAAGACGGAUAUGAGUAAGGCUUAUGACCGAGUGGAAUGGCCUUUUGUGGAAGCCCUAAUGAGGAAGAUGGGCUUUGCAGAACAAUGGAUUGUGUGGAUGAUGCGGUGCAUCACAUCAGUAAAGUAUAAGGUAUUAAUUAAUGGCCAACCAAGAGGUCAAAUCACACCUCAUAGAGGACUCCGACAAGGAGACCCCCUAUCUCCGUAUUUAUUCAUUUUAUGCGCGGAAAUAUUAAUAACAAAUCUGAAGAAAGCGGAAGAAAUGAAGAGGAUUACUGGGUUGAAGGUAGCCCGGGCAAGCCCAGCGGUUUCCCAUCUGCUGUUUGCAGAUGAUAGUCUUUUUUUCUGUAGAGCUACUAGUGAAGAGAGCCGGGUACUGUUACAGAUUCUAAAGGAAUAUGAGGUUACAUCGGGACAACAAAUAAACUUUGCAAAAUCCUCGGUACAAUUUGGACAUACGGUGGAUACGGGAGUACGUGCCGAGAUUCAUCAAAUUUUGGGGAUAGGCAACGUCGGUGGGAUGGGACAAUAUCUUGGAAUACCAGAGAGUAUGGGGGGAGCUAAAACGAAGAUCUUUAGCUUCCUGAUUGACAGACAGCACAAACGGAUUAACGGAUGGAACUCAAAGUGGUUGUCAAAAGGGGGAAAGAGUGCGGUGUCAAAUUUUUGGUGGAGUAGUACGGGGCAGACACGAGGAAUGCAUUGGCUGGCCUGGAAAAAACUCUGUCGACAUAAAAACGAUGGAGGUCUGGGUUUCCGAGUGAUUGAGGAUUUUAAUACCGCCUUGUUGGCGAAACAGCUGUGGCGCCUGAUGGAUAACCCGGAUUCUUUAUUUUCACGCGUUUUCAAGGGACGGUAUUACAGGAAUACAACUCCUUUGGAACCCAUUAAAUCAUACUCGCCUUCCUAUGGCUGGCAGAGUAUUAUCUCGGCUCGACCUCUGGUAAACAAAGGGCUUAUUAAAAGGGUUGGUUCUGGAACCUCUAUAUUAGUUUGGGGGGAUCCAUGGAUUCCAGCUUCUCGCCCGAGGCCAGCCAUGGGAAACGGGGUUCAUUUUUACCCUCAUCUUCGGGUAAGUGAAUUAAUGACACCCGGAACAUUAACGUGGAAUCUUCCACUAUUAAAUCAACUUUUCGAGAGUAGUGAUGUUUCUACAAUAAUGGGGAUACCGACAUCAAGGGCCGGCAGACCGGAUUCCGUGGGAUGGUUUUUCACGAAAACGGGACGAUAUACGGUCAAAUCGGGGUACGACCUGGCGCAACAAAUCCACGAGGAGGAUAGUAAUGUGCCCAUUGGGCCAGAUAUACGGCGGCUACUAGCACACGCGUGGAAAGUAAAGUGUACACAAAAGCUUCAACACUUUAUUUGGCAAGUUUUAACGGGAUGCAUAUCUGUAGGGGCACGACUAAGAAGCAGGGGAAUGCAGGUCGACCCACAGUGCAUGCGAUGUGGGAUGGCUCCAGAAACCAUUAAUCAUCUAUUAUUCGAAUGCCCCCCGGCAUUACAGGUGUGGGCUUUAUCGCCAAUCCCAACGGCUCCCAACCGAUUCCCGACGGGAAGUUUGUUUACAAAUGUAGCUCAUUUGUUUUGGCAUCUACCAGAGGAUGACAGGAUGGGGAUGUACCCUUGGUUGAUUUGGUUCAUUUGGAAAGCCCGCAAUGACAAGGUUUUUUCUAAUGAUGAUUGGGAUCUCAAUGAUACUAUUAACCUGGCGGCACGAGAGAACAUUGCAUGGGCCAAGGCCCAGGAAAAACGAGGGGGUGUGUCCCUUCAAGUUGGAUCAUCAGUGGAUACCCUGUUUCAGGGUGAUAUAUGUCAGGUGGAUGGAUCAUGGAAAGCUACCGAACCACGGGCGGGGCUGGGAUGGUAUAAUUAUAAUACCAACACAGGAGAAAAACUUUUGGGCACCUGCAACUUAAGACGUGGACUCUCGCCCCUGCAAGCAGAGGUUGAGGCACUCCUAUGGGCUAUGCAGUGUAUGCUAAGGCAAGGGAAACAAGUAAUAAUGUUCGAAACGGAUUGCUCCGACGUCGUCAAGAUGGUGUCUAGUCCGGAGGAGUGGCCAGCUUUCGCACCUUUGCUAGAAGAAAUCGACAUAUGUAGAAGGAGAUUCCCCUCUUUCUGCAUAGCGCACAUACCGAGAAAGAAGAACACGAAGGCAGACAAGUUAGCACGCAGUGCUCGAGCUCUACCUACUGAUGUGUAUUAUGUAAAUUCUGUUCCACCGGCUUGGAUCACUGAGUUGGUUUAG